AUGUGGAACGAUCAUCACAGUCAUACCCACAGCUUCCCUAGUGAGGCCCCCGCCCCAGGGGAUAGUUAUGGCAUUCCUAAUCCUCAACCCGGCAUUCCACACCCUCAACCAGGAUACAGCCCUGGAUACUCUCCAUCGUAUGCGCCACCUCCAGGUCCCCCAUUGUCUGGAUAUGGUGCACCUGCAUCUGGCUACGGGGCACCCCCUGGUCCUCCUUCAGGAUAUGGAUUCCCUUCGGCGGCUCCCCCUUCUGGUUACAAUCCACCCCCAGGACCUCCUCCGUCGAGCUAUGGUGCACCUCCUGGCCCACCCCCAUCGAAUAGCUAUUCUGCACCUCCUGGCCCACCUCCUACGGGCAACAGAGGGUUCCCCGGACAACAAUAUCAUCAACAACAUCAACAACAAGGAGGAUUUCCGGGUGCAGGUGGCUAUCGCCCUCCUCCAGGACCACCUCCUCCACGCCCCCCUACUCAAAUCCAGACCUAUGGACCGCAAUUUGAAGGCGCCAAUCAUCGAGCCAUGCAGCCUUCUUUCCAAUACUCCCAAUGCACUGGAAAGAAGAAAGCGCUUUGUAUUGGUAUAAAUUACUUCGGGCAAGCCGGAGAACUAAGAGGAUGUAUCAAUGAUGUCCAUAAUAUCCAAAGAUCAACAGACAAAUACGGAUACAGAAGAGAGGACAUCGUGACCUUGACCGAUGAUUCUGACAAUCCUACUAACCAGCCAACACGAGAUAACAUUCUUCGUGCCAUGCAAUGGCUUGUGCAGGGUGCCUCUCCAAAUGACUCAUUAUUCUUCCAUUAUUCUGGGCACGGUGGUCAGACGAAGGAUACUGAUGGGGACGAAGGUGACGGUCAUGCCAUUCGGGUUCUGCGUUGGUAUUCAACUGAAGGCAAGGUCAAAGAACCCAAUCUUGCGGCAGAGGCCGGUCAAGGUCUUCUCUCAGCUGUGUCAUCUUAUGCGAAAGGAGAUAUGGGCGGUGUUUUCAAAUCUGCUAUGGGACUUGUUAAGACUGCCACAGGAAACACACAAAAAGCAGACAAGAUUACCAAAGCAACAAGGACCAGCCCAGCGGAUGUGACCCAAUUCCAACGCGUAAAUCAGAUCUCUUGGAGUGGGUGUAAAGAUUCUCAAACAAGUGCGGAUGCCAAUGAAGCAGGGUCCGCCACUGGCGCAAUGAGCUACGACUUACUUUUUGGUCUGUUUGGAUACCGCUUGACUAUCUAUCCAGGUGCCAAUCAGCAACAGAGCUACCAACAACUACUUAACAGUAUCCGUGAAAUUUUGAAAGCGAAAUAUAGUCAAAAACCUCAGCUUUCAAGUUCUCACCCCAUGGUAUAUCUAUUGAUACCUGGAUUUCUUGAUUUUGGCUAA